UGCUCAACGUCCAGUAGGCCCUACUAGACGAUGUAGCUGUAAGCUCGCGGAGCACGCCCCGCAGCAGCCAUCUGGCAUCCUCUGAUGCCGCCGGAGACGAUGACGCUUGCGGGGCACAUCUGUGAAGUAGCGCAGACGAACUGUCAUAGUGGCUCCAAUUGCGUGGACCCCACCACAACCACGGUGUCGUCCCAGAACCCUCCAGUUACUUCCCCCCCCAAGGCACCCUCUUCAUGGCUGCUGUGGCCUUCGGCAACACCUGGCUCAUCCUCAUCGGCACCUUGUGUCUCGACGUCGGUGCCUUGCAGCCAGGGAGUGCAGAGCGUGGUACACGCACACGUCCCCCACUGCAAGCAGCAUUUCAAUUGGGAUUGCGGGCUAGCCUGCGUGCAGAUGAUUCUGGAGGCCUCCGGCUUCCCCAAUUGCGACUACCAGACCCUGCGCCACCUCUGCGACACCACUAGCGUGUGGACGGUGGACCUGGCACACCUGCUGCGCCGCUUCGGCCUGCGCGUGGCCUUCCACACCAUCACGCUGGGCCCCAACCCCGCCUUCGCCAACGAGAGCUUCUACAUGGAGCACAUGGAGGACGACGAGCGCCGCGUCAGCAGGCUGUUCAGGGAGGCGGCGGCCGCGGGCAUCGCACUGCAGCAGCGGUCCGUCAGCGGGGAGGAGCUGCAGUCCUGGCUGCUCUCCGGCGAGUGUCUCAUCAUCCUCCUGGUGGACAAGCGCAAGCUGGACCCCUGGCUGGCUGCCGCCGCCGACAUGUGCCUCCCCGCGCUGUGCGGCGUGGAGCUGGGCUACCUGGGGCACUACGUGCUGCUGGUGGGGUACGACAGCACGACGGCGGAGUAUGUCGUACGAGAUCCGGCGGCGGCGGUUUCGGAGCUGAGAGUGUCGGCGGCGGCGUUGGAUGUGGCGCGGCGGUCGUUUGGCACGGAUGAGGACAUCCUGGUGGUGGGGCUGGCGGGGAGCGGGGGGUGCUGCUGCGUGGGGGGGCCGCAGGUGGAGGCGGCUGGGGAGCAGGGGGAGGAGGGGGAGUGAUGGUGCGGGUUGGAGAGCAAGCGGGAAAUGUCAGUUGCGCCUGUUUGCGGGAGGGAGGGCGGAUGCAGGGAAGGACGGAUAAGAGAGCUGGUUGGCUUUACCCUGUAGGAGGAAGGGCAGUCGGGUCACUAAUGGCUGCUGCUGUAAGGAGUUGUGAGGGAAUGGGCCUCACGUCAUGCGUGUCAUGGCUGUGGGGGCGCUGUGAGGGAGCAGGGAGGAUGUGUGCUUCUGUGCUCCAUCUGUCGACGUGUAGCUUGCCGUUAUGUAUGUACUGUUCACCGUGAACUGGCGGGUGAAGUGUUGUUGGAAUGGAUCCUGUUGUUUUAAUGCUGUGAAGUCCUCGUUGGGCCGGUUGGGUACGGCUUCGGUUUGCAGCCAUGCAUUUCACCCGCAUAAUGACCUAUGCAGCCGGCGUUAACGGUGCAUGUAGGCGGGAACAGCACAUGGCAUGGGACUCCCUUUUUAUCCUUUUUUGCGAUCAAAUGCGUUUGUCACCUAGCAAUGCAGCUGGAGGCGCUACCCAAGAGGGGCAUUUAAAUGCUAGUGCUCGCUGGCAGGUCCAGUAUCACGUAGCGGGCAGGCAGGAGGCGAGUGGAGUACAAUAUGUAGAGCUACGGGAUUGGCAGCCAUUGGCAGCUUCAAGAGAUCGAAGUAGGACCGGACGUAGGAUGACAGGGAAAGUCCGCAUCGUGACUGGCGCAUUGCUGUAGGUUUCACUGGUUGUAUCUUUAUGACUGCCUGCUGCUCGUCGUAGAAACUGGAAACCGGUUUGGUUUCGUUGUUGUCCGUGCCGGGUUGCGACACGCACGCAGCUUGUCGAGCUGUCAAGCUGGUCCGGUGCCGUACAAGAGGAAGCUCACGGGCCACGUCAGUAUGACCUCUCUUCCUCAAUAAUCGUAAGUUCCUCCAUUGUCCAUUACCUCUUUUCAGGUUCGUGUUUGCUAUUGUGCUUGUAAGCUUUUACUUUCCAACCUCUUUAAACAUUAUCAACGGAAA